CCAGAAUGUAAUCAUGUUAGUUAAGAGGGUAGUGUGCAUAGCCAAGGAGAAUACAGGAGGACAAUGUCAUGAUAUGAGAGCGAGGGUGUGAUAUGUAAGUUAUCAGAAGUUGUGUUAUACAUCUUUCAAUUUCAAAAAAUGAUUAAAUUAACAGCAAUUGUGCUAUUUCUGCUAUAUGGACACUGUGCAUUGGCUAAUGCAGCACGCCCUGACCCAACGGACCAAUAUGACUACAAUGCGGCUCUAUCAACAAAGGAUACUUACCACAUUUACUGGAAUUACACAAAUGAAACAAUCACUUUUGAAGUUCACGCAAAUACACUUGGAUACGUCGGAUUUGGAUUCUCACCCAAUGGAGGAAUGAAACGAUCAGAUAUGAUAAUAGGAUGGGUAGGAGCUGACGGAACAGUAUAUUUUAAGGAUAGACAUACCAAUGAUUCAUUAACGACACCGACAAUUGAUGAAAAGCAGGACUAUUACCUCGACUAUGGACUCGAGAAAGAUGGGUGGACCGUCCUGAAGUUUUGGCGUUUGUUAGACACUUGUGACGACCUUGAUUGGCCAAUUGAUGAUGGAACAGUAAAGGUUAUAUGGUCUUACCAUCCUGAUGACCCAAGCUCAGACACCGAUCUACUAUACCAUGGACAAAACAGAAGAGGGUCUAAGUCCAUCCAACUAAUAACACAUAGAGGAAAAUCUGCCCCUGUGCUACCCGAUGAUGUAGAAUCAUUGCAGUUUUGUCUAACAAACGUAUCAGUCCCAUCAAGACGCACAACGUACUGGUGUCAAGGAUUCUUGGUUCCAACCUUCGAAAAGAAACAGCAUGUUGUUGCAUUUAAAGAAAUCGUCCAACCUGGAAAUGAAGGACUAGUGCACCACAUCAUCCUCUACGCGUGUCACCACGAGAUAAAUGAAUCCCACCACGGCUAUGCCUCCAAGUGUUUCAAUCCCAACAUGCCUGACAACAUGGUGCUGUGUACGAGUAUAGUAUUUGGCUGGGCCGUAGGAGCUGGGAUGUUCGCACUGCCUCCGCACGCUGGUAUGCCAAUUGGUCCAGGAUCCAACUUCAACUUUGUACUGAUGGAAGUUCAUUGGGACAAUCCUCAAUCAAUACAAGGACUUUAUGAUACAUCUGGAUUGGAACUUAUCUACACACCGACCUUGAGACAAUAUGAUGCCACCAUGCUAGAGACUGGUAUCAUAAGUGGGCAUAGCUUCCAAGUGAACCCCCCACACACACCAGCCUUCAUCAAUCCAGGGACGUGUACAUCCGAAUGCUUAACUGCUGCAAUGGCGGCAUCUAAUGCAAAUGAUGGGAUAAAACUUAUCGGAGUCCAAUUGCAUGCACAUCUCGCUGCAACAGGUAUAUUGGUACGCCACUUCAGGAAAGGAGUAGAACUACCCGAGAUUCAGAGAGACAACAACUAUGACUUCAACUUUCAAGAAACGAGGCAUCUUCCACAGGAAGUUACCGUCUUACCAGGUGACGAAUUGCGUGUUGAAUGUAGAUAUGACACCACCAGCAAGGACACAGUAACCUGGGGUGGACUGGGGACACUGGAGGAGAUGUGUAUAGCAUACAUUAUGUAUUAUCCAAGAAUAAACAUGACGACAUGCCAAACGGUCUCCAGAACAAGUGAGCUGUUGUCAAUUGCAGGAGUCACUGAAACAACUGAGUCAGAAGACGAUUACAGAUACUUUGACGUUCGAGUGGUGGAGCCUGAAAAAUGGACAGGAAGACAUUUUAAAGACAUUUUAAGAACUGAAGUAGACUGGACAAAUGCCACUGUGAGGGAGAGGUUUCAAGAUAUUACAUACAACGCCGGACGUUUAGCACUUUGUAGACAGUCACUUGCGCACGUCUAUUACCCAGAUUCCAAAUUUUUGCCACCACAGAACAUAACGAAGACUUUAGAGAAGAAACCAAGGGUGUGUCUUGAUCCAACGUUUACUACAACCCAAAAUGCUGUCACGCUUUCACCUUCCACUGAAUCAGUUGGUGGAAUGGGAACAAUGGCCCAAGCUAGCAUCCCACUGGUGUUUCUAGUAGCCAUCACAUUUUCACAUACAUAUAGCUAAAGUACGGACACAUCAAAACGAUUAAGGAAGCCAUUAGGUCUUCCAUGGACUAUCACAUCUUGAUUGAAGUUACAAAUCUGAAAUAAGCUAUCACCUUUUGUUUAAAACUACAAGUAUAGCAUUAGUGAGACUAAUAAAUGACAAAAAAUUAUCAUUUUCCCUAUUUAUUGUAUUUCUUAAACUAAUAAAGAUAUUAGCCAAUAACCAUAAGAUAUACUUUA